AUGUCUGCAAGGAGAAUAGAACAUUGGGCUUCGAUUUCUGCCUGGAUUGUUGCCUAUGACUCAGGCUGGAUUGGGUGUAACUAUGCUGAAUUCAAACGUCAGCACCUUCAACUGAUCAAGUUUAGCUGGAAAUUGAUACCAAUGUCGGGAUUGGCAGAGCUCUUAAUCUAUUCUAGCCACGGGGAGGCUUGCAAGAUGGACGUAAUUGAGAUUUCUUCAGUCUGGAUGGGGCUGUCCGAGCGGAGGCUGAAUCCAACUUUAGGAGGGGAUACCGGUGUGGUACCUGCCGAAGGUACUCCGAUGCCAAAGUCAGGGACUAAGAGCGAUUUUAUUGACAGUGGAAGCACUAAUCAAGUCAGAAAGUCUUACCACUUGGCUGGGCUAAGGGGCUCUAUUUAUAGAGAGCAUUUUGUCUUCGGAGGUCGACACGUGAUUCUGACAGGCUCUGGCAAGAAUUCUGAGGCAGUCUGUCAGAAUCGGAUUGAUGUGAUGGUUGGUCGAUCGGUAGACAAUAUCGAAGGUUGGCGUAGGUAG